AUGACAUCACCAUCUGGUGCUCCAGCGGAUGUGAAGAGAGCCUCCAGGCCGUCGGCAGCCAGCGUGGCCGUGCCCAAGAGGCGCCGAACAAGCGGUCACACAGGCGACUGCGUCCUGAGGUUCCUCUCCAAUGGCGCCUGCACCGUCUGCGUCAUCGGGGCCGUGCUCGUGCUGCUCUUCAUCCUGCUCAGGCACACCGCUCACGAGUACAUCCAGAGUACCACCGCCAAAGUGGAAGAGUACUGUCACACGAAGGACUGCGAGCAGCACGCGCAGCUGAUCCUGUCUAUGGUGAACAUGAACGAGGACCCGUGCGAGGACCUGAACGCGUUCGCUUGCUCGUACUGGGAGCCCCAGGCCGACAGCUACAACUACGGCGCCGCGCUGGACUCCCAGGCGAUCCACGACUGGUUCGCCAACUUCAAGAAGUCACUGGACGAAGGCAGCGCCCACCUGAUGGCAGGCACCAAGGCGCUCGAUAUGUUCAGGGCCUGUCUGCGGCAUCGCAUCACCGCCGAAGAGGCCGAGCGGGGCAAGCGUAUGCUGCGCGAGUUCAUGUCCAAACUGCGCAUCCCGUGGCCGGACGAGCCGAGCUCCGACGUGGAUCCGCUCGGCGUGCUCAUCGACCUGUCCUUCAGGUGGCAGCUGGGAAUGUGGUUUGAACUCCAGCCCUUGCAACGCCAGCCACGCUCAGAGUCACCACCGCAGCCCGACUCUCCUAAAGACGGUGCCACGUCGAAAAGGCCCACCGAAAACAAGAGCCGUUACCCGCUGCUCAUGUCGGUGGGACGGUUCGUCGGUUACUGGUCGGUGCACAAUAGCGAGAUAGUGCAGAGGCGCAACUACGCCAAGUACUGGGCCAUCUUCUACGAGGCGUUCGGCGCCGGCCGGCCCAACAAGAGCGACGCGUACGUCCAGAAAGUGGUCAUGGUCGGACGCGACGUCCUCGAGGAGUUCCUGGGCGUCGUUAACAACGAGGACAAGGAACCCGCCCGAUUCGAGCUGGGCGACAUCGGUAACCACACGCCAAACCUACCGGCGCGCCGCUGGAUCGAGCAGCUGAACGCCAAUGCGGUGCCCGUCGUCGCUAGUGCUGCACACAACGCCGGGAAUCUCCACGGUUACGCGUCGAGCGACACGAUCACAGUCGCGGACACGGCACUUCUCAGGGCAGUGAACAGGCUGUUCGGGGCGCACAACAGCACGAUGCUGCUGCGACACCUCUCCUGGUCCUUUAUACAGGCAUUCGGGGCCCUGGCCGACCGACGCCUGUUGGUGGCCAAGUACGGGGACAAUAGGAAGACGUCUGUGCGCAGACACGUGUUCUGCGCCACCGAGCUCGAGGACGCGUACGGACCGCUGGUGCGCUCCCUGUACGUGUUCCCGCGCUUCACGGCACGCAUGCGGUUCGCCAUCGACGACACGUUCGCCACCGUCACCAAGGCACGGCAAGGCUUUGUUCUCCAAAACUACAGGCACGACCGCGUGCGACACAUCACCACGCAGGAGGCCGCACACAAGGUGUCGGCGCUCGCGUGGGCCGACAGUGCCACGCGGCUGGCAGCCAUAACGAAGCUACACAACGCGCGAACCGCGCUCUGGCCGCCGGACUCGUUCCUGACCAACGAGGGGCUCAACGUGAUGUACGCCAACUUCACGACCAACCUGACGGUUGGCAAGUCUCUGUUCAUCGACUACUGGAUCAACGCCCAGAGGCAGCUGCGCGGGCUUUCCGACGAGCCCAGCCUGGGGGACGCGCUCAGCCUGCCGCCCAACUACGUGCUGCCGUACUUCGACUACGACUACCUGCAGAAUCGCGUGCUCGUCUCGGUGGCCGCUCUGCACGGCGCUCUCAGAAGGGUACAGGCCACGCCAGCCGUGCUCUACGGCGGCCUUGGGUUCUCCUACGCCCGCCAGCUGCUGCGCGCCCUGGACAGCGGCGGACUCAAGAUCGACGCCGUGGGCAACAUCGUACCGGACACGUGGGCUUCGCCGCGUUGGAUGCAAGUCAAGCGGGAAAGGCAAUGA